GAAGAAAAUCCAAUGACCUCAUCGGGACUUGAAACCGCGGAAAACUUUUAAGUCACUCCUGCCGUAGUACGAGGAAAAUACAACAGGUGGCACUGUCGCGCAACCAGAUUUGUUCCGACACACGGAAAACGAACGCGAUUUCCGUGAGUGCUAACGCACAGAGUGGCAGCAAGGUCGAGUGAAGUUGUGGAGAAUUGUGUUGUAGUGAAGAGGUGUGGAGAAAGGACUACGGAAAUAACUGAGAAAGAAAUAAAAGUUGUCGGUGUUGCAAACCUCCGGUAUUGAAUCUUGGAUUACAAAGUACGAAGUACGGAUAUCACCACUACACCACAACACAGAAAGGCAUAAAGAGGAUAUUGCAGACAGGCUUGCUUUUGAAAAUGGCCAAUAUAACAGGUCUAAUCAAGUCACCAACGUUUCUGGCAAAGAUAUUUGAACUGGUGCUGUGUUGCAUUGCUGUAGUCCUGUUUAUGUCUGAUACCAGUUAUCUUGCCACAGUGAAGUCAAAAUGGGCUGUAGUGUUUGGAACUCUCAUAGGAUUCAUAAUGAUCUCUAUCAUUGUCAUUGUUGGCAGUGUACUGAAUACCCCUCCACACAGAACUUUGAUGCUGAUGAUAGCCCUGCCUGCUGCCUUUAUGUUCUUUUCAACGGGUGGCAUAAUAAUAGAGACGUGGUACCAUGCAAAUGAUUCAACAGCAUACCUUAUUGGUUCUGGGAUUUUGGCCUUCAUCACCGGCUUCAUUUACCUUGGGGACUUCGCACUUACAUUCUUCAAUUAUGGUUGAUGUAUGGUCAUACAUCAUGAAUAUAUUCAUCUGAAUUCUCACCAGAUGUAUGAACUGUGUAUACUUCUUGUUUUGUGUUUUGUUAUAUUAGUGUGCAUGCAUCUGCAUGGAAGAAGUGUGUACAGUAUGAGUUGUGGUUUCUUCUCCACCCUUUGCAGCAAGUGCAUAAGAUGACUGAAUAGUGGAGAGUUGUGUUAAUCUUUCUGCAUGAUUCAUCUCAAAAAGUGCUAGAUGGAUUUUGAUGAAAUUUAAUAUUCAGGUUUACACUUAAUAUUAUCUGGCAAUUUUAUAUUCUUAUUAGCACAGUUUAACAGGAGCUGAGACUGCUCUCUCAAUAUGGCUACAGGCUAUGGGCUGAAUGGUCAGGCUUCAAUUCCCAGCAUGGGCAAGAGAUUUUUUCUCUUCUCCACAGCUCCUAGACCAGCCUUGGAGCCUACCCAGCCUCCUCUUCAGUGAGUACCAGAAGUUCUUUCCCUGGAAGCAAUGUGUCUGUGGCGUGAAGCUAAACAAACACCUCCAUCUACUGCCAGGGUGGAGCUAUAUCCACACACAUGGUGCUUAAUUAAUUUUAGUACAACACAUCUCCUAUAUUCUGUGAAGCUAAAAUUAAAAUGGAUCUACAGCUUUUAUUUGAAAUAUUUUUCACCCUGAAACAUAUUUUCUAACUCCAAGCAGAGUUUUGCAACAAAAAAUUUGCUUCUCAAUAGAGUAACAUCUAGGUUACAAGGAUAUAUGAAAUAUAAGAUAAUGUAUUGUAAAACACGAGUCCGUUGGAAUAUGUCCUUCCAUGCUUCUUAUGAAGAGCAUCAUCACCCAUAAGAAUUUCAUGUGCACUUGAGUUUUUGCGAACUGUGAUAAAAUCAGACUAGAGUAUAUUUAUGUGGAAGGUCAUAAAAGAAAAUGGAACUUGAUUCAAAUAGAGGUACUUUAUUAUAAUGGUUACCAUAUUCAGUGUUAUAGUAUGUAAUUCUUUCACAUGAAGGCAGUCACUUGUAAAUGAAAUUUAUCCACAAAUUAACCAUUAUUUUCUUAUGACCUGUGCAGUUACUUAUACUUUGCACCUGAUCACUCUUUACAGCUUUCUCUUCAUUUCCUAAAUUAGUUUCUGUUGUCUAUUCCAAUUAAUAAGUUUGGAAGCAAUCAUUAAGAUAUUUGGUAUGACUCAUUGGUUGAAGAUCAGCUGUUUGUAAUAUCUCUGCCUAUACAUGACAGCACAACACAGUAAGUGGGACUCUUUUGGAUGGAGAUUUUCCUACACUGAAUGUAAUUAUAUGUUUACAGAUUCAUCUGUGCUCCAUGCUGCUAUUUAUUUAAACUUCAUUAUUCUAGUUUCUCAUGCUCCUACUGGAAUACUCUUAUUCUCAUGUUCUGCCUCUUCUACUAAUCUAAACUGAACUCGUCUAGCAAAAUUCACUAACAGUGAGAAGCAGCUUUUAUCCACAUAGUACCGAUGAGAUCA